GCAGGAGGUUGGGCCCUGGCUUGGAGCUCUCUGUAUGUAAGGGCUGGCAAGGGGCCGGUUCCCGUCACUGCAGCCUCUGAUGGAGAAGCGUGUUCCGGGCAGUUCCAGUCCCGGUCCCGGUCCCGGUCCGGCUCUGGCUCUGCAUUCCCCUAGCGCCGCUCUCGCUGUGUUGCCGAGCCUCCCCUCUCCGUCCAGUCUCCAGCUUCCAUGAGAUUUUUUAGGCUCACCUUCAAGUGUUUUGUGGAUUGCUUCUGAAAUCUAGCGACCGCCUGAGUGUGAUCCAAUCAUCUCCGUCCCAUCCUACACCAUGUUAUCCUCCUCAAUCCAGCUCCAUUCAGGUGGAAUUGGCUGUUCCCGUGCCCCUGAAAGUGAAAGCACUGAACUGGCUGGUGACCCUGAGUCUGGUCAGGAAGAUAAAUCCGUAUUGACUCCUCUCGUUGUCACAAACGGUUGUGUCAAGGAUCCAGGGUCGGAGCGAGAGACAUGGACUCGUCAGAUGGAUUUCAUCAUGUCCUGUGUAGGGUUUGCUGUGGGACUGGGUAAUGUUUGGCGAUUUCCCUACCUGUGUUAUAAAAAUGGAGGUGGAGUCUUCCUCAUCCCAUAUUUGCUGAUUGUUUUGGUGGGAGGAAUCCCAGUGUUUUUCUUGGAGAUUGCACUGGGGCAGUUCAUGAAACAGGGCGGUAUUGGUGCAUGGAAUAUUGCACCGCUCUUCAAAGGUUUGGGCUUCGCUUCGAUGGUGAUUGUGUUUUUCUGUAACACGUACUAUAUCAUGGUGCUUGCCUGGGGUUUGUAUUAUCUUAUCCAUUCCUUCACCAACAAUCUUCCUUGGGCAACGUGCGGAAACUCAUGGAACACUCCAGAAUGUACUGAAGUCUUCCGGCAUGAUCAAUGCCAUAACGGGACCAUCGUAAACUCCACAGCCUUCAAUGUGAGCUGUGACGAGUUGGUGGACAAGCGCUCACCCAUCAUUGAGUUUUGGGAGAGGAAGGUGCUGCGAAUCUCCGUUGGGAUUGAUCACCUCGGAACGAUCAAUUGGCAGAUGCUCCUGUGUGUCCUCACCACCUGGAUUAUUGUGUACUUCUGUAUUUGGAAAGGUGUGAAAUCGACAGGGAAGGUGGUCUAUUUCACGGCUCUGUUCCCCUAUCUUGUUCUGGUCAUCCUCCUUGCCCAUGGCGUCUCAUUACCAGGAGCUCUGGACGGCAUCAUUUAUUAUUUGAAACCUGAUUGGUCCAAGCUUGGUGAAGCUCAGGUUUGGAUUGAUGCAGGAACCCAGAUCUUUUUCUCAUAUGCGAUUGGAUUAGGAGCACUCACAGCACUAGGCAGCUACAAUCGUUUUCACAACAACUGCUACAGAGAUGCAUACCUCCUGGCUCUGAUUAACAGCACCACCAGCUUCUUCUCAGGGUUUGUUGUGUUCUCUGUACUUGGUUUUAUGGCGUCGGAACAAGGGAUGGACAUCUCCAAAGUGGCUGAGUCUGGACCUGGCCUGGCUUUUAUUGCAUACCCCAAGGCGGUGACCCUGAUGCCAAUUGCCCCUCUCUGGGCAGCUCUGUUUUUCUUCAUGCUCCUGGUCCUUGGCUUGGAUAGUCAGUUUGUGGGAGUCGAGGGGUUUAUCACAGGAAUCAUGGAUCUGUUCCCAAUGUACGUGUCCGGGGGUCUGCGCAGAGAAAUUGUCGUUGCUGUUUGCUGCCUGAUCUGUUUUGUCAUUGACCUGUGCAUGGUGACCAAUGUAAAAUCCAGAACACAACUGGAGCUGGUAUUCAAUACCAGGGACUGGGGUCGUCAUGUGGAGCGACGAAUCAAACCUGGUGUGGAGCUGAGUCUGCCUAGUGCCAGUUUCCUGGGGCAACACCCUGUGACAUUGAUUCAGUGA